UUUAUGGACGGAGCAGGGUGACCAGAGACGUUCGGCUUUUUUUCAAGGUGUGAAGACGGUUGAGAUGAAGUUUCGCGCGUUUUCUCGGCUCGUGGUCGCGUGCGUUGUCGCGUGCCAGCACGUGCAGAAGAGUGAAGCCCAACGGCUGACUGAAGAAGACGAAGCUUUCUGCAAUGGAGAGUUAGAGUUAAGUUAUCCGGGUGUGGACAUUGGUUCCUGCAUGAUCCUCCCUCAGAAGGUCAGGGCAAAGAUCAGUCAGGAAUGGGGAGCUCCGCAAGUACGACUGGCCUCGGCUAACAAGCAGAAGAAGUACACACUGAUGAUGGUGGACCCUGAUGCCCCCAGCCGUACCAAUCCCACCCGAGCAUACUGGAGGCACUGGUUACUGGUUGACAUAGAGGGGAGCACACUGGUGGCAGGAAAGAUAAAAGGCACCAUACUUUCAGACUACACUUGCCCCACACCACCUCAGCAUACUGGCUUUCACCGUUACCAGUUCCUUGUGUAUGAGCAGCCCACAGGCCAGGCGCUUUCUCUUACUGAAGAGGAACUGAGCUCACUUGGUAAAUGGGAUCCACAAGCAUUUGUGAAGAAGUUUGGACUUAUCAGCCCUGUGGCUUCGCUCCAGUUCCUUACCCAAAACUAUAAGGAUUAGAUGACCCACCUGUUAAGCAACUAGUCUACAUAUCCUAAACAAUACAAAUACCAACAGUAUUUUUGUUCUUUAAUUAUUGAAUAGUAACAUAUCUGCAUUGCACCUAUAGUGAAUACUUUGUCAUUUUAUUUCUGUCUAAUUGGCCGUUUCUGAAGCCCCCAAACCCCUGUAAUAAAAUACCUACUGUUA